AUGAGGAGAUUGGGUCCCAAAGUAUCCAAGGGAUUCACUCACCGGCAAAUUCUGCAGAAAGGUAAUCAUGGAACUGUUCCUAGUCUUAGCGGUUCUGGUUGCUUGGGACGAGCUUUCUCUGGUGCUAGUUAUGAUUACAGAGAGAAAAUUAGAUGUGGGUUUCUACACGAUAUUAAGUUAGACGAUGCAGUUGAUCUCUUCGGUGAGAUGGUCAAGUCUCGUCCUGUCCCUUCAAUUAUUGAUUUCAGUAGAUUGUUGAGUGCCAUCGCCAAGAUCAACAAGUAUGAUGUUGUGCUCCCUCUUGCUUUACCUAUGCUCGGGAUGAUGAUGAAACUCGGGUAUGAGCCCAGCGUUGUCACGCUUUCUUCGCUGCUCAAUGGUUUCUGUCGUCACGAGGAGGCCAAGCAGAUGUUUGCUUUGAUGGUUAGCAAAGGUUGUCUACCAGACGUAGUGACUUAUAAUACUCUUAUUGAUGCAAUUUGCAAGUCUAAAAAGGUCGAAGAUGCUGUGGAACUCUUCCGAGAGAUGACUCAAAGAGGAUUAGUUGGCAACACAGUCACCUACAUCACUCUUAUCAAAGGGUUUUUCCAAGCCAGCGACUGUGAGAAUGCUCAAGAAGUUUUCAAACAUGGUUUCUGCUGGUGUACACCUCGUGAUAUUUGGACAUACAGCAUUUUGUUAGAUGGACUUUGUAAUAACGGGAAGCUCGAGAAAGCACUGGUCAUCUUCCAGGAUCUGCAGAAAAAGAGUGAAAUGGAACUCAAUAUUGUCACAUAUACUAUCAUCAUUGAAGGGAUGUGCAAGGCUGGUAAAGUGGAAGAUGCUUGGGAUCUGUUUAGUAGCCUCAGCUUGAAAGGAGUGAUGAAGCCUAAUGUUGUGACAUACACUACAAUGAUCUCAGGGUUUUGUGGGAAAGGCUUAAAGGAGGAAGCGGAUGCCUUGUUCAGAGAAAAGAAAGAAGAUGGGCCUCUCCCAAGUGACUGUACCUAUAAUACGCUGAUUAGGGCACAUCUCAGAGAUGGUGACAAAGAAGCAUCAGCAGAACUCAUCAAGGAAAUGAGGAGUUGCGGCUUCUGUGGGGACGCUUCAACGAUAAUUUUAAGUUUCCAUGUCAAAGUUGUUCUUGUUUGUGAGCUGCUUCACGGACAUGACUGGUACUACUGCUCUUUGUUUGAUCAGUGA